CUUAACAGAACAGCGACGAAGACUUGGAGAACAUCCAUAAAGUGGACGCAAUUGUGGUGAUCGUGGGUCAGGACCCGGAUGUGGUCUACAGUAAGACGACUGCUCUUCAGACCUGGCUCUUCGGGUAUGAGAUGACGGACAUAAUGAUAGUUCUGUGCCAUCAGUCCAUCCAUGUGUUGGCGUCCAAGAAAAAGGUGGACUUCUUGAAGAUGAUUGAGUCGAGCAAAGAGAACGAGGAGUCGGUUCCGCCCAUCACUCUCUUGGUUAGGGAUAAGACGGACAAAGACGGCGCCAACUUCGAGACGUUGAGGACAGCGAUCGCGAAGAGCAGAAACGGCAAAACGAUCGGUGAGUUCACGAAAGACAAGUUCAGCGGAGAGUUCGUCGACGAGUGGAAGAAAGUGUUGAAUUCGCAGAACUACUCGACUUUGGACAUCAGUUCUGCGGCGGCCUAUAUAAUGGCGCCCAAAGACGAUCACGAGAUCGCACUCCUCACCAAAGCGGCCGCUCUCUCGUCAGACAUUUACGCCAAAUAUCUGAGAGAAGAGAUCACAGAAAUCAUUGAUUCCGACAAAAAAGUCAAACAUUCAAAGCUGGCCGACGGUGUGGAACAGGCCGUCGCUAAUAAGAAGUACGUCAAAGGUGUCGAUCCCUCACAUGUGGACCUCUGCUAUACGGCUAUCAUUCAGUCCGGAGGCAAAUAUAAUCUCAAGUUUAGUGCCGUUAGGUUCUGAUAAAAACAACUUACACUUCGGCGCCAUUACCUGUGCUCUGGGCGUCCGAUACAAGAGUUACUGCUCUAAUAUCGUGCGAACACUUCUCGUGAAUCCAACGGAUGAACAAAAGAG